AGAAUAUUUUCAAAAUGGACAGUUUCCAUGUCAAGGAAUUUCCCCUUCUUCCCUGAACUAAGCUUUCCUAAUGUCCUUCAAGGAUCAAGAAUGGGGCUGAGCACACAGAAUGUGCUGAGAAAAGAAUGUUUGGAUUGAACUGAACCCCUGCAGAACGUGGACUAUUUAGAGGCACUGAGUUUGGCCUCUGGGUGAAUAUUUGCCUUGGGUUGGCCCACUUAGCAGUGAACAGUAAUGGACCAAAGGAGACAGGCCAAGUUUCAGUACGGCAAAUCAAAGACUUCAAGAACUGGCCCAGUUAAAUUUGAGAAAGAAACAAUUGUUGAUAGUGAUGAGAUUUUUGAUGCAGUCGGGCAAUCAAAAUUUGUUCUAGAGAACCUUCACCAUUACACAGUCCAUCCAAAUUUGGCCCAGUACUAUGAGCCUUUGAAGCCCACUGCACUGCAAAAAUUCCUGGCUCGAAACAGGAAAAUUCAAAGCUUCACAUUGAAAGUAACAGAGUAUGAUCAGGAUAAGACCUUACUGAUUAUGACCAACAACCCACUUCCCUGCUCCAUCGACCAUCAGGGAAAGGACAUGACAUCAAAAUACUUUUCCAGAGAGUUACUGCUCAAGGAAAGUCAUCAGCACAAGCCCAGUGAGAACUUCUUCCUACCUCUGAUGUAUCAGAGAAAAAAGUUCAGAUCUGGGCUGAAGCCAAUCUUCCCUGUGACACUGUUGGAGGACCCUAAAUCCAAGAGAGAACAAUGGUUUAGGUUUUCCACGGACAAGGAUUUCAAGAGUGAAGGGAAGUAUUCAAAGGUCUAUGCUUUGACAAAACAGAAAAAAAUGUACCCUCAGCUCAACUUUGCUCCAGUCUGUAAAAGAGAUCUGAGGAGUGAUGUCUCCAAGAAGUCAGGGAGCGACCUGCCAACUUCCCAGAUGAUUUGGGAACCAUUAACCCUUUCAUCACUCCUGGAAGAGAAGCCCACCAGAACCGCGCGUUCCGCAACGGAAGGGCCCAGCAGUGGAUUAUAAAAAACGCCACUGUCAUUAAAUGCAAACAAGCCCUACAUGCCUCUCGCCUCAUCUUCAAAGACUGAGCGGCCUGGAGAAGUCGCUAUUUUGGGCAACCAAUUAAAAUCUCAUUCUGCCC